AUGGCAAUACCAUGGAAUGACGAAGAAUCAAUAGUUCGACUAUUAGAAGAAAUUUAUCCUAAUAUCAGAAACCAUUCUUCUGACGCCGAGUAUAUGGUUAGUAGGGGCAUAAUAACUCCUCACAAUGAAGAUGUUGACAAGCUCAAUGAGAAAAUCAUUCAGAGAUUUCCGGGAGAAUCAAGAGUGUACCACUCAUUUGAUAAAGUUGAAAAUGAUACCCAAAAUUUGUAUCAACAAGAGUUUUUAAAUUCCAUUUCACCAGGAGGAAUGCCCCCACAUGCAUUGCAUUUGAAAGUUGGAGCCCCAAUUAUGUUUUUGAGGAAUCUUGACCCUUCUUCUGGAAUACUUGAAAAAAUAAAGCUACUUCAGCUUUGGGAGAAUUAUCAAGAGGAGUCAAAUAUGGUUGCAGCUGAAAAAGUUACAAAUCAGGUCUCUAUUAAAGUUGAUAAAAAGCAAUUGGAAAAAUUAAUUGUGCGAGAGCUUUUAAGAAAUCCUAUCAUAUCUGAUAGAGCAAGUAUAUGCAGCAAAGACAAUAUGGACAUAUAUGUGGUAGUUGCAUCAAGUAUUAUGAAGCAACGAAUGAUACAAAAAUUGAAAGCUUACAAAUAUAUGUACAACAUUGUUACAAGAUCUAUGGCAAAAAUUGCAUCAAAACAAUUUGAAGAGAUCAUUGAACGUGACAUUUGA